CGCUGAUUUUGUACAGUGGCUAAGUACUUUGGUUACUUAUUUUCGACCUGAAUCCGUUGGUUGUCCUAGCUCAAUAUGAAUUGUGUCAAUUGGUUUGAGACACUGUAGUAAAAUACUUACCAAAAGAGCCGUGCCAAUUACCACCACAAGCCAAACUGCUUCAACUGCGGAUAGAUCGAAGAGAGCAAACAGCGCAGCGCACAGAAAUUACUCAUUGGCGUUUUGCUUCCUCGGUAGUUACUUACAGCAUGAUCUCCCUAUUAUUUAUUCCAGUUAUGGAUCAAUCGGACGAAAUAUUUGGUCAUUAUGAAAAAAUGUAGAAAACCUGUUUAGUUAUUAACUAUCGACGUGGAUUUAUUGGUGUAAAUACUGGGUUUCUUGGAAUGUAGAGCGUCCAAUAUGAGCACUGUAACCAAAGUUGAUCAAACUCAUUUGAUCAGUUCAAACGGCCAGAGACGUUCUCAAUCUGACGCUUGGAUAAGCAAGCAGGACGUGAAUAACCCGAACCUGUCUAAAAAGAGUAAAAUUAACCAAUCUAUUUGUGGUUCAACAAAACGCCAAAGCGAAAAUAUCGAUGCAGACGCUGAGAAUGACGACGAUAGCGAACAUCUUGGCAGAUGUAGGUCGCCCACAAUAAAUUCAAACUUCGCCAACAAAUAUAAAAGAAAAACUUCACCUAGAAGUAGGCAUGGAUCCAAUUCGAAUCGUGUGAGUGCUGCAUCGGAUUCGACAAACACGUCUGAAUGCGAUCCUCGUGGUAGUUACAACGGAAGUUCAGGUAUCGCAAAGGGCAAUUCACAAAACGUGUCGAACAGCAAACGGCUUAUGAAUCUUAGUAAAAAAUAUUUACAUGAAACUUUUGAGGGACGAAAAUGGAAUCGAUUUACUCUCGGGACAUUGCCUAGGCGAAAAGGUGGGAAUGGCGAUAGCGGCUCUGCCGAUGAGGAAGACGAUGACAAUGAUACGGAUUCUUUGGUCUCAUCCUCAGAUGAUGUCCUUGACAAAUCUCUGGAAGAUGCCGAUGUGACGCCAAGUGCGACUAGUAUAGUAUCGAAGAACUCCCAGGCAUGUCAAACUAGUUGCAUGAAGAUUAGUGUAGACUCAGUCGCAACUGACAGAAUAAAAGGGAGCAAUCCCAAACCCAAACAGAAAACCAGGGUAUCCCAGGCUAAAAUGGAGGAUAAAAAAGUGGGAGACAGUUUGCCCCGUCCGAUCAAAACGGGCAGAAAUAUAUCGGUAUACAAACCACCUAGCUCAAAUGCAAAUUCAAAACCUGGGAAUCAUGGCGUACCGAAGUCGGUUUCUUCGAGUUGUCAAACAACUGAAAACGUCAGCAAUGAAUGUGUUUAUGAAAACAUGGAACCAAAUGCUGCACCGCCAGUCCCUCCGAGAACCUACCUUCAUCUACCGCUGGAUACCCAGAGUAACCAAACACCUCCCGUUCCGCCUCGAAAACCUUCGAUUACACCCGAAGAUGGCAGACAAAUCCUGCCUAGAACACCUGUUGAAUCUAACCGACAUUCUACGGCGUCGUCAAAUUGCUCGCUGCACAGUGAUCAGAGUCUACUGCGCAAUCCACAUCGUCCCAACCGAAAUUACCUGAACCAGGAAAAGCGACAGAGCCAAGACAGUACUGGUAGCACAUGCAAAAGACACUCGCAGCUGCUGCACGCGACUUACAUGCAUAACAUAGAAGAGCAAAUCAGAGUGCAGCUAGAAAACGCCGAGAAAAGAAAGUCAGGAGGCCAUAUGAUGCAAAUGCAGACACGAAGUCACAGCUGUGAUAGAACUAUUACCCCUACUACGCCACCAGGGAACUCAGAAGCCUCUAAAGCGUACGUUCCGAUGCACAGUUAUGUUCUACCUAGCCAAACACAGUUACACCAAGCUGGUUGCAGAAAUUCAAGAAACUUCUCAAUGAUGGCGAAUAACCAGCAAGUCACGACUCAAGUUUCGAAUCAACAAGUAAGCUCACAAGGAGCGAACUAUACAAGAUAUCAGAGAUCACGUAGCCAAGCAUCAACUAAGGAAUAUCCCAAACAAGGUAGACUAUCCAGGUUUUUCUCGAGGGGUAGAUCAGUCACUAAUGACAAGAAACCUAGCCAGAAUUACAUAAAUUUUAACCAGGGGCAACAGAAUUGUCACGACACAGGAACUAUAUCACAAGAGAUACUUUCAGCCGGAGAAGACGCUAAACAGUUUGCGCUCAAAAGAGCUGCUCUGCAAAAACAAUUGGCAGCUACAAAGACUGAAAACUCAACCGUUAAUGAAAAUUUGAAUCGACUAAAUUCUGGAGAAAUGCAGGUAGUCGAAGUGAAAUUAUCUAAGACGAAUCCAUUUUAUGACCAAAUGAUAGAGGAAACCAGGAUCUCAGAAGACAGACCAUCCGUGAUCCUGCCUGUGUCCAAUUCUAGGUCUUCUAUAAACAGGAAUCUGAACGAGUUUAUUGACGUAGAUGAUGUUCCAAUUUUGCCGCCAAAAGAUAGGAAAACGCAAAGUCUCACUCUAGGAGACUCAGCUAAAAUUGUAGAAAAAAGCAAUAUCAGUCGUAAAUUGAUGAGCGUUCUCCGCUUUCCGUUUAGUCGCAGAAACUCAAAGCAUGGACGAGACUCACGAAGCGAGGCUAAAAAUAUUUUACCUGCGGCGAAUGCUAGUGCGCGCGGUUCAACAGCCUCGGCGGCAUCUUCCAGAAGACCAGCUUCUUAUGUAUCCAAUGUAUCAAACUGUAGCAAUGGAUCUGAGUAUUUUAACAGGAAAAGUGUUACGACAUUAAAUUCCCAUUCGAACCGUCUAUCAAAUGCUGCAGCUUUACCAGUUUCUAUUCACCCCUCUACAAGUGUAACUGGUGUUGAUAAGCAGGCAGGAAGUUACCGUCAUAUCCCCUCUUCUCUGAGCGGAAGUGGUGAACAACUCAUAAGACCAAAUCGAAGCAGUUUUGGAGUCUCUUUUGAAAUAACGAACAGCUCGGUGAAACAAUUGGAAGCAGCAGGAUCCCCAAUCAGUCGCCAAAGCAAUAAAAACAGAUUCUCUUCACCAAUUCGCACUGAACAGCAUAUAGCCGGCUUGGAGAGCCGAGAGUACGACACACCUCAUGAUGCUGCAUCUUCAAAUGGAACCAUGAAGUCAGGAGCUGUUUCCGCAGAGUUAUACGAGACGUUAGACUGCGGUUUAGACGAACACGGCCGAGACCGAAGUAUCAGAUCCAAUUUUACAACUGUUUCCAAUGCUACGCCUACCAGUACUGGACCGAGGUCUGAUGGCGUGCAUGUUAGCAAGAAAUCAUUGCGACAGUUGAGUCAUCAAACACCCCUGACAGUCACAACUAAUGAGAAAACCUUGUUUUCGGAAGUCUCAACCUUCCCAUUAAAUAAAACAUCACCCAAAUCCAGCCCCGAUGGCUGUGAUGUUUCAAAUAAGCUACAAACGCAAAAUGUUAAUAUCAAAAAACCUCCGACAAAAUCCUCAGCUGUGUUUGUCACUGUUAACAUUGGCCCAAAGAAAACCAGUCCUAGUUUAAACCAGUCAAGUCCAAGGGUCCCUAAAAGGAGUCCUCUGAUGUCGACUGAGAGGGAACUGAAAAAAACCAAACUUCCUUUUAUUCAGCCUCCAUCGGCACCUACUGUGACAUGCAACUCGAACUGGUCUUCCAGUGCUCCAUCGAGUGUUCAAGUUACACCUGUCAGACCUUCUUCGUUUAAGUUUGUAGACAUGGAAUCGACGAGUAUGUCGGGGUCCCAGGAAUUUAACGUCAACAACCAACAGUCUCAGGUGUCAAGAUUAUCGUCACAGUCAGAACGGAAGCUGAACAGCUUAACUGGAAACAUAAACACUGUUUUCAAUGUUCAUAUUGAUGAUGUGCCGGAUAAGUUGGUCACAACAGGUGUUCAAAUUCCCCAGCAGCAAAAGAUGUCUCCAAAAAGUCCGCUGGGACAUUCACCCACAGGCUUAAACCCCCAGCCAAAAACUACUUUAAGUUAUGCGCCUCUUAACACUAGAUUGGACACAAUCAUGAGCGAGACUUCCUGCGAUGAGUUGGAAACUAGUGGUUUUCGAACCAACUCAGAUUCAGACGAGUAUAAGUGUCUGCUGUCUGGUAAACACGCCUCCACAAAGAAUGACGAUAAGAAAAAUGAGAAAUGGGACGUCAAUAACGACCCAAUUCAAAGUGACUUUGAGAGGACAUUCGAAGAUGUGGUGUCCGAAGCAGAUUAUAUGUCGGAAGCCGAGUUUUCUACGGUUGAUCGGAUGACCUUCAAUAGUCGUGUGUUUGGUCUCUCGAUGUGGAAAAACAAGCCAAAUGUAUUCAACGGAGGUGUCGCUCCUCCAGAGCCGAUUCCAGAGGUUCUGUCUCAAGAUUUCAACGAAGCCGUGAAAUUACAGGUUGCUCAGAUGGAAUCGUUGAAUAAAGAACCAAAGCAAACCACAAAAAUAAAUGAAAUUUAUCCGGAAAAACUGCCAGUAUCGAUGAAAAAUUUGCGAGAUAUACGAGAUGUGGAUUUCUCAGAGUUUUCUCGACAGCUGUCAUUGACGGAAGCUUUCUCCGUCGAAGAUAAAGUGAGGGGAUACCAUCCAGAUUCCUUGCAUGAAAGGUAUCCGGAUCAGAUGAACAUACCAGCUCGUGUUUCUCCAGGAGCAAAGAGCAGUAGUUGGGGAAGGGGUUCUGUGAGCAGUGCCAUAUCAUCAGUCAGUAGCAGGCCUCCCACCAGAGCAAGUCAUUUGCUGAACGAAAACGAAGAUUGCGAUUACUUUGACGACAGUCCCUUCCAAAAUGAGUCUGAUUUUUUCACCAAUUCAUUGACUUCGGAAAAGAAAUCAAAGCCAACAGGCAUGGUAGACGGUGGCCGAACACAUGUAAUUGAUGCAUCUUCCCUUAACGGAGGCAAGAGCAAAUCGGGCAGUCUGAGAAGUACAGAUGACAUCGAAGGAUCUUCUUCCGCUGGGGGUGCUUCGCAGUCAAGCAACAGAAGCAUCUCUUCCAAAGUGUCUCUCAACCGCAGCAAAGAUAACAGCACUGAAGACAAUCUUUAUGAUUCGAUUGAAAUGCUGAACAGUGGUCGCCGCCACACACAGCUGAAGACGAAUGAAUCGGCAGCCUCUUCUGUGAAAAGCAGUGUAACCAGACAUGCAACUGCAUCUUCGAGGCAAAUACUUAUGGAGCAUCGGAAAUCAAACAGCCAUGCGGCAGUGAACUUGCAGAGAGACAUGGGUGAAAGCGGAGAUAGUGGAGGCGAGUCUGCUACAUACUCUCAAGUGAAUCGCCACACUCAUCACAUCACACAUGCCAAAAGUCAGCCAUGUUCUCCUUUGCCACUUGGAGUGUCGCCACGUGGGUCAAGUCAGGCAAGGAGGGUCACUCAAAUGCCACCCUACAAACAUGGCAAAUCUAAAAGUGAAUUGGUACCCUGCGGAAUACCUGUUUUAGACACUUCUCCUAUUAAACCUCCUCUGACCCAAGAGAGACUCAUUUACGAGAGAAUGGACAGCGCAGAGUCAGCCGAGGCUAACAAUCGUGGAUCGAAAGGGUCUCUGCUCGGCUCGACGAUUGUGCAACAUGGUAGCUCCUCAAGAGCAUCGGUGGGAUCACCGAUCUCUAUGACAAACACUAGUGGUACUCCACUCAAUCAACAAUUAAGUUCAUCUUCCAGCCAGGAUUCCAGGACAAAAUCAAAGGACUGGGAUUUGGACAGACAUAGUUUGGACAACAAUUUAACAACCUUUGAAGAUGUUGGGGCGCAUAUUUACGACGAAGUAGCCGAGGAAGAAGAGCGGAAGAGUACAAACAGUGGAAAAAAGGAUUUAUUGGCUGGUCAGAAGGUGUCUGCUGUAAUUCCGAAACAAACCGGCAAAACAAAAAGUAGUUUGUCGAGAUCUCUAGAUGCAGAUUCAAUCGUGACGGGAGAUGACAAUGCUGUGAAAUCUGAGACGAAAAAGAAAACUGGGAAGCUGCGAAAACAGAAGUCUUUCACGAAAAAGUGGCUGUCAAAUAAAACUAAUUCUAGUGCUACCGCUUCUAAUGCGACCCCGAAUUCGGGAAGUGCAGCUGUGCCGGUGACUAGUGCUUCCAGUUAUUUUGGCCAGCCAUUGGAAAAGCUGAUCCUGAUUGGAAAUGAUGGUAGCCAGAGUCCAAUGCCGCCUCUGUUUGUGACACAGUGCAUUCGUUACAUUGAGCUGCACGGUUUGGAUAGUGAGGGAAUCUACAGACAACCGGGCAACCAGUGCGAUAGGGAGAAGCUGAUUCACUGGUUUGACAAGUCUGUCCAGGACUCUGGACUGUCUGUUCAAGUGAAUGAGGAUACCCUAGGUCCCAUUGUUAACCAGAUGUCGAUGCCAGUAGAUUCUGUGGCCUCAGCUCUCAAGCAAUUCUUCUCUAAACUUCCGCACCCUCUCAUACCAGUCAAGUAUCACGAUUUGUUUAUGCGGGCGGCAUUGAUAGGAUCUGGUUCAAGCACUGGCAAGCUGGCAUCUCACCUGGCCCUUUUGCCUGUGCCCAACUAUGUCACGCUGCGGUGUCUUUCUCUUCAUCUCAACAAAAUUGCAAAUAGGUGCGAUGUGAACAAAAUGACGUCUGAGAAUCUGGCCACUUGUUUCUGGCCAACUCUUCUCCGCCCGGCAUAUACGUCAUUGGAUGCAAUGUCCGGAAGCUACAAGUGCAGACAACUGGUCGAAGUAAUAAUUAACAGAUGUCAUGAACUGUUUUCCUACAACACGCCCAGACCCGACUCAGAUGUCCAGGUUUGAAAAAUGAAAUCGAAGCACAGACAGGAAACCGGUAAUUUGGCGAACUUAACUUCUAAUAUAAAAUAUGAAUGUUCUAUCCAUCCUUUGCUAAAUUAUAAUUCUGUUGUGUUAGUUAUAUUUCGUUAAUGUUUUCAAGUAGUCUAUACUGAAAUGCGUAAAAAUUUUGCUUCGUGCUAAUGUUGUUUUGCCAUGUAUAUUCUACGGCUGCUGGUUUAACUUGAUGAUUUUAAAGAACAAAAGUGUACAGAUAAUUAUUAAUUUAGAUGAAGU